CGAGCAACAAGACGAAGGCCGACGGGAGGUGGUGGAGGAGGGAGAGAAAGGUGUCGAAAAUGGCGGUCGCGAGUGAUUUGCACGCUGGGGAUGUUUUUUUGGUAUUGUAUUUUCGUUAAGAGAAUACAGAAGAGUCGUGAAUAUAAAAAUAGCUUUAUAGGCUCAGUCAGCACUGGAUAUAUUUGCGGCGUAGCUGAAGACGCACCACCAUGGCGACGGACAUCGGCUCCCCGCCGCGCUUUUUCCACAUGCCUCGGUUCCAGCACCAGGCGCCUCGGCAGCUCUUCUACAAGCGGCCGGACUUUGCCCAGCAGCAGGCCAUGCAGCAGCUCACCUUCGACGGAAAGCGCAUGAGGAAAGCCGUGAACCGCAAGACCAUCGAUUACAACCCGUCCGUCAUCAGAUACCUCGAGAAUCGUCUGUGGCAGCGUGAUCAUCGAGAUUUGCGUGCUAUCCAACCGGAUGCAGGUUGCUUUAAUGAUCUCGUCCCUCCCGUCGGUAUGCUCAACAACCCUAUGAACGCCGUCACUACAAAGUUCGUCAGGACGUCCACGAAUAAAGUGAAAUGUCCAGUGUUUGUAGUGCGGUGGACCCCCGAAGGCAGGCGACUCGUAACCGGUGCCUCGAGCGGGGAAUUCACUCUGUGGAACGGCCUUACCUUUAACUUCGAGACUAUUUUACAGGCUCACGACAGCCCGGUGAGAGCGAUGACGUGGUCUCACAACGACAUGUGGAUGCUGACCGCCGACCAUGGCGGCUACGUGAAGUACUGGCAGUCCAACAUGAACAACGUCAAGAUGUUCCAGGCGCACAAGGAGGCGAUUAGAGAGGCCAGUUUCUCUCCUACGGAUAAUAAAUUUGCCACUUGCUCCGAUGAUGGAACUGUGCGCAUCUGGGACUUUCUGCGCUGCCACGAAGAAAGAAUCUUAAGAGGUCACGGAGCAGACGUCAAGUGUGUCGACUGGCAUCCCACCAAAGGCCUGGUAGUCUCGGGCAGCAAAGACAGCCAGCAGCCUAUCAAGUUCUGGGAUCCAAAAACUGGCCAGAGUCUGGCCACAUUACAUGCCCAUAAAAACACAGUGAUGGAAGUGAAGUGGAACCUGAACGGUAACUGGCUGCUGACGGCAUCGCGUGACCAUUUAUGCAAACUCUUCGACAUCCGAAACCUGAAAGAAGAGCUGCAGGUGUUCAGGGGGCACAAAAAGGAAGCUACAGCUGUCGCCUGGCACCCAAUCCAUGAGGGUCUUUUUGCAAGCGGAGGCUCUGAUGGCUCUCUACUUUUCUGGCAUGCAGGGGUGGAGAAGGAGGUAGGCGGGAUGGAGAUGGCCCAUGAGGGGAUGAUCUGGAGCUUGGCCUGGCAUCCUCUUGGCCAUAUAUUGUGCUCAGGAUCUAAUGACCACACCAGCAAAUUCUGGACCCGAAAUCGACCGGGAGACAAGAUGCGUGACCGAUAUAACCUGAAUCUCUUACCAGGAAUGUCAGAGGAUGGGGUAGAGUAUGAUGACAUGGAGCCCAACAGUCUGGCCACCAUUCCUGGGAUGGGGAUCCCGGAGCAGCUGAAAGCAGCCAUGGAGCAAGAACAAACCAGUAAAGAGAUCGUCCCAGAGGCUGAGAUGAGUAUCCCAGGUCUGGACUGGGGAAUGGAUGAGGUGAUGCAAAAGGACCUGAAGAAACCUCCAACAAAGAAGGUUCCCUACGCAAAACCUAUUCCUGCUCAGUUCCAGCAAGCCUGGGCAGAGAACAAGGUACCAACUAUGGUUCCAGGAGAACCACCCAAAGAGAGGAAGGAUGAGAAGGUAGACGGCAAGAAGAAGACUCAGGCUGAGAUUGAGCAGGAGAUGGCUGCACUUCAGUACACAAACCCCAUGCUGUUAGAGCAACUGAAGAUUGAGCGAAUGGCCCAACUCCAGGAUCAAAGCAUGCCUCCACCUGGAGGUCAACCAGGCUCCAUGCCGUCCUUCCCGGGGCAAGGAGGCCCCAUGGCACCACCUCCACAGGGCUUCCCUCAGUCAAUGGCAUCUCAGCAGAUGCCUCCCAACAUGGGGCCUCCGAUGGGUCAAGGUGGCAUACCUGGCCCCUAUAUCAGUCCGGGUCAGAUGGGACCUCCAGGGCCUCUGCCUCACCAGGGUCCUCCUCCACAGGGCAUGAUGGGACCUCCGGAUCUCCACGGACCUCCCCGCCACCCUGGACCUCACAGGAAUAUGGGGCCUCAUGGCAUGCCACCAGGGCCCAGGGGCAUGCAGGGUCCUCCACCAGGCCAGAUGCCUUCAGGACCACCUUCAGGAGGCAUGAUGGGACCUCCACCACGGGGUCAAAGUCCCCACCAAGGGGGAAUGAUGCAUCAGGACAUGCGCGGACCAGCACCUCAUGGAAACAUGAUGGGUUCUCAGGGGCCUCCACCAGGUGGAAUGAUGGGGCCUCCAACCAGAAAUCACGGCAUGGGGAACAUGCAUGGAAUGGGGCCUCCUGGAGGGAUGCACGGGCCUCCAAACAAUAUGCAGGGUCCACCGGGUAACAUGCAAGGACAUCCUCCGUAUAUGCAGCAGGGCAAGCCACCACACAUGGCCGAGGGAAACAGAGGACAGUACAACCAGAAUUCUGGCCCACAGUCAAUGAUGCAUGGUCCUGGUGCUAAAGAUGGACCUCGAGGGCCUCCGAACCACCACAUGGGGCCUCCACCUGACCACCAGGGCUCGGACGGAGGUUCUCAGUACUGGGCGGAGGAAGGAGGGUACCAAGAGGGCUGGAGGAGACCAGGACAGGACUUUCACGGAGAUCCCAGGGGCCACCGAGGAGGUUCUGGAGGGCAGUGGGAAAACCAAGAGAGGUUCUCUUCUCAUGAUGAUGACUAUGAAAGGUAUGAUGAUGGGUAUGAGGGUGCAGUGGACGGAUAUGAGCAGAGGCCGAGGCGACCACCACAUUCUGACGAUUCUUUCAGGAGAGGAGGAAUGAGCGGACGCGGAGGCCGGGGAGGUUACCAGGACGAGUACGGAGGAGACGAGAGCUUCGAUUCUCAGGAGGAGAUGGGUCCAGGCUGGGGGAACGGAGGGAGAGGGAGGCCGCGUGGAGGACCACCACGUGGAGGUGGUGUAGGAAGAAAGGGGCUUCUGCCAACUCCUGAUGAGUUUGCGGCUCACUACGAAGGAGGAAGAAACCAGGAGGGUUGGGAGGGAGGGCGAGAUGCAGGUCACGAAGGCUAUCGGGACAGCCAGAGAGGUGACCACAGCAUGCACGACAGUCCAUCUGCAGUCAGCAGGGAGCGCUCUUCUUCUCUUCAGGGUAUGGACAUGGCCUCACUUCCACCUCGCAAACGUCCCUGGCACGACGGUCCUGGCACCGGAGACUUGGACUCGCCUGGAGCUGGACCUGAUGACCGAGGGGCAGGUCGGCCUCCACCACGUGAAGAUGUGGGUUAUGGUCCUCCUCCGUCCAGGGGCAGUAGAGGAGGGUGGGUUCGUGGUGGCCGUGGACUGAGAGGAGGCCGGGGACGGUAGUCAGAGCUACACCCAAAAGACAGUGGGCUGGACACUGUGGAUUGAAAGUAAGGACCAAAAGAGCCACAAAUCUGCUCUGUCAGCUCUGGCACAUUAAUGCCCACUCGCACAUUUUCUGAAGUUUGUCCUGAGGACAUCUUGCUGAUCGUAGGAACAUGAGCCUGGUUGUGGCCUGUACUCUGUGACUGAACAUUACUGCAGUCAAUAAAUGACCCUGACAGCUGAAACUUUGGACACACGUUCAUCACGGAUAUGAAAAACAAGCUCACACCUUUCACUUCAUUUUGGGGAUUUUUGAAUGAUCCUUCCCCCAAAUUCUCCAUAGUGCACUAUAAAGAGUCUGAUUCUCACUCGGUUCUGAUCUCACUCGUCAACGGUGGUGCUCACUGGGUCGGCUCGAAGCUUUCCAGCUCAUGUUAAAGCUUCAAAAAUGCACCGUGAGCACACACUCUUCCAAUCCAGCAGCUGAAAUGAGAGGGACGGACAGACUCUGAACUUUCCGGGGCACGUUCGACACGUUUCAUUUUAUGUAAAAUAAAAAUGGAGAAAAGAAUCAUGUAACAUGAGCAGCUGAUUCCUGAGGCUGCUUUACUUUGUUUCAACAUGUACAGUUUGUCAAAAGGUUGUCAUAUUGUUUUGUGCAUUUUUGUAUGAGAUGGCAAUAGAAGUUUGUGCAAGAUUUAUAUCAAA